GCCAGCUGUUAGCCAGUUCAGUAAUUUCUCCCUGAAGUGAAGCAUGAUGCCUGUUUUUGACUUAUAAUCAAAGAUUAGAACCCGCCAUUGCCUACCUUCGGAUGGAAUUGUUCCGCUCGAUUCGACUUUAACUGAUUGUCCUUAUUCCUAUCUCCUCACUAGAUGCCUUUUAACAUCGAUCAUUCAAAGAGAUCCUACGAACGUCCUGCAUAGGUUUGCUUGCUCCAGUCAAAAUCAAAUAUAGGAGGACAACAGUUUCAUACAACAUAGCGCAAUGGUACACAAUUACGAGGUCGGAACGAGGGCCUGGCAACCCGAUCCGACCGAGGGAUGGGUUGCAUCUGAAGUCAAAGAGAAGUUGGUCGAGGGGGAUAAAGUGCAACUCAUCUUCUUGAUGGAAAAUGGAGAGACAAAAACUCUGGAAACAACCCAGGCCGAGUUGCAGGUAGACAACAAUCCAAAACUGCCUCCGUUGAUGAAUCCUGCUAUGCUCGAAGCCAGUGAAGACCUUACGAAUUUGUCCCACCUGAAUGAACCAGCUGUUUUGCAGGCUAUAAAGCUACGUUAUGCGCAAAAGGAAAUAUAUACAUAUAGUGGAAUUGUCCUCAUUGCUACCAAUCCCUUUGCUCGGGUUGAUUCACUCUAUGUCCCGCAAAUGGUGCAAGUAUAUGCUGGAAAGCAUAGAGCAUCCCAAGCGCCGCACCUGUUCGCCAUCGCCGAGGAAGCCUUCGCUGACAUGCUACGAGACGGGAAGAACCAGACAAUUGUAGUUUCUGGUGAAUCGGGUGCCGGGAAGACGGUGAGCGCAAAGUACAUCAUGCGUUAUUUUGCCACACGGGAGUCUUCAGAUCAGCCCGGGAAGUAUACUACUAGUCGAGCAGAUGCAAUCAGCGAGACCGAAGAACAAAUCUUGGCCACAAAUCCCGUCAUGGAAGCUUUCGGCAAUGCCAAAACUACUCGCAAUGAUAAUUCUUCUCGUUUCGGAAAGUACAUCGAGAUUAUGUUCGAUGACAGGACCAAUAUAAUUGGCGCCAAGAUACGAACAUAUCUUCUGGAAAGAUCCCGACUUGUGUUUCAGCCGCUGAAAGAGCGUAAUUACCACAUAUUUUACCAACUUGUUGCCGGUGCAACGGAACUCGAAAAACAAGAGCUUGGCCUUGCAUCCAUUGAGGAUUUCGAUUAUCUCAACCAAGGUGGAACCCCGACGAUUGAUGGCGUUGACGACAGGGCUGAAUUCAAUGCAACAAAGAAAUCCUUGAGCACUAUAGGGGUCCCGGAGAAAACGCAAGCCGAAAUAUUCCGGGUGCUCGCUGCUCUGUUGCAUCUGGGAAACGUCAGAAUAACCGCCACAAGGACGGACUCGAGUUUAUCUCCCUCAGAACCUGCACUUGUUCGAGCUUGUGAGAUGCUCGGGAUUGACGCUAAUGAGUUCGCAAAAUGGAUAGUCAAGAAACAGCUGAUUACAAGAGGCGAGAAAAUUACAUCCAACUUGACUCAACAACAAGCCACGGUUGUUAGGGAUUCGGUCGCUAAGUUCAUUUAUUCCAGCCUAUUUGACUGGCUUGUCGAUAAGAUCAAUCGCGGUCUGGCAACCGAUAGCAUUUUGAAUAAGUUCAAGUCUUUCAUCGGCGUCCUGGAUAUCUACGGAUUCGAGCAUUUUGCGAAGAAUUCGUUUGAACAAUUUUGCAUCAAUUACGCCAAUGAAAAAUUGCAGCAGGAGUUUAACCAGCACGUGUUCAAACUCGAACAAGAAGAAUAUGUGCGAGAACAGAUAGACUGGACAUUCAUUGACUUCUCAGAUAACCAACCCUGUAUUGACUUGAUUGAGGCAAAGUUGGGUAUCCUAUCCCUUUUGGACGAGGAAUCUCGGCUGCCCAUGGGCUCGGAUGAGCAAUUUGUGACCAAGCUGCACCACAACUUCGCUGCAGAUAAACAGAAGUUCUACAAGAAGCCUCGAUUCGGCAAGUCCGCAUUUACGAUAUGUCAUUAUGCAGUUGAUGUAACGUACGAGUCCGACGGCUUCAUAGAGAAGAACAGGGACACUGUUCCAGAUGAGCAUAUGGAGAUCUUGCGGGGCUCCUCCAAUGACUUUGUGAAAGAAAUUCUGGAUACGGCUGCUGCUGUUCGUGAGAAGGAUUCGGCAUCUAUUUCAUCCAAGCCUGUUGCUGCCCCGGGCCGAAAGAUUGGUGUUGCUGUCAAUCGCAAACCAACUCUAGGAGGCAUUUUCAAGUCAUCCCUGAUUGAGCUUAUGAACACCAUUAACUCUACCGAUGUGCACUACAUACGCUGUAUCAAACCUAAUGAGGCCAAAGAGUCUUGGAAGUUUGAAGGGCCAAUGGUUCUCAGUCAGCUGAGAGCCUGUGGUGUCCUUGAAACUGUCCGGAUUAGCACUGCUGGGUAUCCUACGCGUUGGACCUACGAGGAAUUUGCAAUCCGAUAUUACAUGUUAUGUCACUCAUCGCAAUGGACGUCAGAAAUUAGGGAUAUGUGCCAUGCCAUUUUACAGAAGGCCCUCGGGGACGGUACCCAGCAGAAGCAAGAUAAGUACCAGCUGGGUCUAACGAAGAUAUUCUUCCGGGCAGGCAUGCUUGCCUUUCUUGAAAACCUUCGCACUUCCAAAUUGAAUGAAUGUGCGGUGAUGAUUCAAAAAAAUUUACGAUGCAAGUAUUACCGGCGCAGAUAUCUCGAAGCUCGUGCCUCUAUUCUCACGACUCAAGCUCUGGUAAGGGGAUUCCUGGCCAGGCAGCGCGCAGCCGAGAUACGGCAGGUCAAGGCGGCUACGACAAUUCAAAGGGUAUGGCGAGGACAGAAGGAGAGACGGAAGUAUAAUCGAAUCCGUGCCAAUUUCGUUCUUUUCCAAUCAGUCGCAAAAGGUUUCCUCUGUCGACAGAGUAUCCUGGACACGAUACAUGGCAAUGCAGCGAAAGUGAUACAGCGGUCAUUUCGUUCUUGGCGACAACUGCGUGCUUGGAGGCAGUACCGCAGAAAAGUGAUCAUUGUCCAGAAUCUCUGGAGAGGCAAGGAGGCCAGAAGAGAGUACAAGAAGCUUCGCGAGGAUGCACGAGACCUCAAGCAGAUAUCCUAUAAGCUGGAAAAUAAGGUGGUCGAGUUGACCCAGUACCUUGAGUCCUUGAAGCGCGAAAACAAAUCACUUAAUUCGCAACUGGAAAAUUAUGAGACUCAGCUGAAGUCAUGGAGAAGCCGUCAUAAUGCCCUGGAGAAUCGAUCGAAAGAACUACAGGCCGAAGCCAAUCAAGCUGGUAUCACUGCCGCUCGGUUAACUGCCAUGGAGGAAGAGAUGAACAGGUUACAGCAGAACCAUAUCGAUGCACAGGCAACCAUCAAGCGUCUCCAAGAAGAAGAAAAGGUUUCACGGGAAUCCAUUCGCUCUGCGAACCAGGAGUUAGAGAGACUUCAACAGUUGAACUCCGAGGCUGAAAAUGAAAAGGCGUCCCUUCGUCAGCAGAUUGUGGACCUCGAAGAACAACUGGAGAUUGCGAAGAGGGUUGUGCCCGCAAAUGGCAUGAACGGAGACCAGCAGAAUGGUGGGCCUAUACAGCCACCCGCCAGCGGCUUGAUAAAUCUUGUUUCUUCCAAGAAACCUAAGCCCAAAAGACGGAGUGCUGGAGCUGAGAGAAUUGACAUUGAUCGUUUCAGUGGGGCUUACAACCCGAGGCCAGUCUCGAUGGCCAUUCCCAGCUCAGCUAUGGGACGUCAGCACUUUUCAGGGAAUGCCUUUUCUCCGGGAUUAGAUUCCGUUGAGGUAGAGCUCGAGAACUUGUUAUCUGAGGAGGACGAACUCAAUGAGGAGGUGACUAUGGGUUUGAUACGCAACCUGAAGAUUCCGCUACCCAGCUCCACCCCGCCGCCCACGGAGAAGGAAGUUCUAUUCCCAGCUUACUUGAUAAACUUGGUCACUUCCGAAAUGUGGAACAAUGGGUUUGUGAAAGAGUCCGAGCGUUUUUUGGCCAACGUGAUGCAGUCAAUUCAACAAGAGGUUAUGCAGCACGAUGGCGACGAUGCCAUCAAUCCCGGAGCUUUUUGGCUAUCUAACGUUCACGAAAUGUUGUCUUUCGUUUUCUUGGCCGAAGACUGGUACGAAGCACAGAAGACAGAUAAUUUUGAGUAUGACCGUCUUCUGGAGAUUGUGAAGCACGAUCUCGAAAGUCUCGAGUUCAACAUAUAUCAUACAUGGAUGAAGGUGCUGAAAAAGAAACUUUACAAGAUGAUUGUACCGGCUAUCAUCGAGUCUCAAUCCCUUCCUGGAUUCGUUACAAGUGAGACAAACCGGUUUCUUGGGAAGCUCCUGCCUUCCAAUAACAACCCUGCCUACAGUAUGGACAACCUUCUCAGCCUCUUGAACAAUGUCUACAAGGCAAUGAAGGCGUUCUAUCUUGAAGAAUCUAUCAUAACGCAGACUGUCACUGAGCUCCUUCGCCUUGUUGGUGUCACCGCUUUCAAUGACCUUCUCAUGCGGAGAAACUUCCUCUCAUGGAAACGUGGUCUGCAGAUCAACUACAACAUCACCCGGAUUGAAGAGUGGUGCAAGAGCCACGAUAUGCCGGAGGGUACACUUCAGCUGGAGCAUCUCAUGCAAGCAACCAAGCUUCUUCAGCUCAAAAAGGCCACUUUGAAUGACAUUGAAAUCAUCCAGGAUAUUUGUUGGAUGCUCUCUCCAAACCAAAUUCAGAAACUCCUGAAUCAGUACCUGGUGGCUGAUUAUGAGCAACCUAUCAAUGGCGAGAUUAUGAAAGCUGUGGCGUCUCGCGUCACCGAAAAGAGUGACGUUCUUCUUCUGACACCUGUUGAUAUGGAAGAUAGUGGUCCGUAUGAGAUUGCGGAGCCACGUGUUAUUACAGCUCUGGAGACAUACACACCGUCAUGGCUCCAGACACCACGACUAAAGCGACUGGCUGAAAUUGUUUCUGCCCAGGCAAUGGCUCAGCAAGAGAGGCUGGAGAUAACGGAAGGCGGCACAAUGCCUAUGGAUUAGUGCUUGUACAUGAGAAUUAGUGGACUUUCAAUCCCUAAAGAAGCCAUGACGAGGAG